AUGAUGAUGAAGGUCUUAGCUCUUGGACUUUCGCUGCUCUGUCGCCUUGCCGCCAGCGACUUGGCCUGUUCUGUGACGGAAGAACAGCGUGAUCCAGCGUUGAAGGAGAUGACCUAUGACAUUGGUUAUGGCGAGCAAACGACAUUGGUCUACGUUGAGCCCGACAUGGACUCCAUGUACAAUGGAAACGCUCCAGCUAAACACAAAGUUGUUCCCAAGUUUAAUGGUCUUUCUGUCAAAUUUAUUAACAUGAGCAACAAGCAUGUUCGUCUGUCAUGGGAACCAAGACCAGGUGGCACCCCCAAUCCCAUGAACAAAAUUGCUCCCUUUGAAGCAUCGGGAACUGCCUCCUUUCCCACGCACAGCUUUAUCAUGACCGAUCCAGACACGGACAAACUAUUGCAACGAUUCGCCAUCCAAGAAUAUCCCGAGAAUAUUUAUGCCUAUGAUCCAUACAUCGUGGAAGGCGACGAAAAGGCCACGGAGAAAAAUCUCAACAAACAUCUCUCCAAAAAGGAAAAGGAAUUCUACCGAAAAUGGCGCGACAGCUUGGCAUUUAACGAAAUUUAUCGAAACUUUACGGGUCGCUCCUAUUUGGCAAACUAUUUGAGAGAUCCACCACGCCAUUUUCUAUGGAGUGGCGAAUACUUUGGUCAGACGCAUUGGGUAGAGACCAGCGAGACGCACUUUGUCAUGACUCCACCGAAGAGCGCUCUGGGACAACUCAAGACCAGCAAAAAGCGUAGUCUCAAAGAAGGAGAGACGGUAGCUUUGGAGGAAUAUAGAGCACCCGGGCAGGCAACAAUGAAUAUGACACUCAAAGUGCUGUCAGUGGCGCCACGUGUGUUUGAAAUCCCCAAUUUCUUGUCACAAACAGAAGUGGAUCACAUUUUGGAUUUGGCCGGAGGCGUUCAGUUGAGUCGCAGCAGCGUGGGAGAUGUGGGUCACGGAUACAGCAAGGCUGAAAACAAAAAAACGGAUACCAGGACUUCCUUCAAUGCAUGGGUCCAGCGAGGCAAAAGUCCCAUUGUGGAUGCAAUCUACCGCAGAGCCGCCGAUUUAAUGCGCAUCGAUGAAGCGUUGCUUCGAAACCGUGACAGCAGUGAGAGACCUGAUUGGCCCACCAAGGGAUCCUUGGCAGAACACUUGCAGUUGGUUCAUUAUGAUCCGGGACAGGAGUACACGGCCCAUCAUGACUUUGGAUUUUCGGACCUGUCCGAUUUGCAGGGUGCUAGGUUUGCCACGCUACUGCUGUACCUGAAUGAUGAAGGAUUGGUGGGCGGUGAGACCACAUUCCCUAGGUGGGUCAAUGCCGAAACGUUUGACAAGCUCAAGGUCAAACCCGAAGAGGGCAAAGCUGUCCUCUUUUAUUCGCAGUUGCCAGAUGGAAACCUGGAUGAUUUCAGCCAGCACAGCGCUGAAAAGCCCAGGGCUGGCGAAAAGUGGUUGAUCAACUUGUGGACAUGGGAUCCCAAGUAUCACUAG